UUCAAACAGCGUCAAUAAAGUAGUUUAUGUUAAACUCCGCCCCGGUGGUCGACUUUAACCGACUUCUUUUAAGAUUUUAACGUGGCGGGUUUUGGUCCGGGUGGAGGGUCACAGCAGGCGUCCAAACACGUGUUAAAUCGACCUCUAUAUCAAUUCUUAUUUAUGAAAUAUCCCGCUGCUCUUUUCUGCUUAACUUAACGAUAUCCUGAGGGGGAUAGUUAGACUGCUAAACUUGUUUUCGGGAAGGAAACGCUCUGUUAACUCUGAGCGGUACAUUACUACUAUGUUAUAAACCUACAACAAAAGCAUAAACGUUCUUGAACUCUUUGGCUUCGCUGAAGAUAUAAAUAUGUAACGAUUUCUGGUCGGUUUUUAGAUAUAUAACUCUUAUUUUUACGAGACACUACAGAAAAGCGCUGCAUGACCCGUGAAGUACAGUAAGGUUGUACUCUAUGAGUGGCUCCGCUGAGAAGACUUGAACAUGAGCGAGAAACAAGCGCAGGAAGACGCCAAACUAAACCCAGAGGACCUGGAGAACCAUGUGAACCUGGAGGCGGGCGACGCUUCCACGCUCCGCGGCGAUCAGACUCGGGAGGACGGUCACGGGGCGCCGCAGCAGACCCGUCUGUACAAACACCGCUGGUUGAUCGUCUUCCUGUUCAGCUCCUAUUCGAUGUGCAACUCGUAUCAAUGGAUCCAGUACGGAAUCAUCGGGAACAUCUUCACGAGGUUCUACGGCGUGGAAGCGUUCACCAUAGACUGGCUGUCCAUGAUCUACAUGCUGACCUACAUCCCGCUGAUCUUCCCGGUGACCUGGCUGCUGGACAGGAAGGGUCUCCGGGUGAUCGCGCUUGUGGGAACGGCGCUCAACUGCACCGGGACGUGGAUCAAAGUGGUCAGCGUCCGACCCGACCUGUUCCCCGUCACCUUCCUCGGGCAGUUCUGCAGCUCCUUGGCGCAGGUCUUCAUCCUGGGGAUGCCUUCAAAAAUCGCCUCGGUGUGGUUCGGUUCGGAGGAGGUGUCCACCGCCUGCUCUAUCGGAGUAUUCGGGAAUCAGCUGGGUUGUGCCAUUGGGUUCCUCUUACCCCCGAUCCUGGUGCCUAACGUGAACGACAUGGAUGAGCUGGCCAACCACAUCCGAACUAUGUUCUACAUAACAGCAGGAGUGGCGACAUUUCUCUUCAUCCUCGUUGUUUUUGUUUUCCAGGAGCGCCCGAAGCUUCCUCCAACGCAGGCGCAGGCCACAGCUCGCAGAAUCCCACCAGAAGAGUACUCCUAUACAGCCUCCAUCCUCAGGCUGCUUCGAAACAAACCCUUUGUCCUCCUCAUCAUAUCUUAUGGUCUGAACGUGGGUUGCUAUUAUGCUAUCGGAACUCUGCUUAACCGCAUGAUCAUCGAUCAAUACCCUGGCGAAGAGGUGAAUGCUGGAAGGAUUGGGCUCACCAUUGUCAUUGCAGGGAUGGUCGGUUCCCUCAUCUGUGGAGUUUGGCUCGACAGAACUAAGACAUAUAAACAAACUACUCUCGCGGUGUACAUCAUGACUCUUGUGGGGAUGAUCGUAUACGCUGCAACACUCAAGCAGGGAAAACUCUGGGUGGUGUUUAUCACUGCUGGAUCACUUGGGUUCUUCAUGACAGGCUACCUGCCUCUGGGUUUUGAAUUUGCAGCUGAACUGACGUACCCGGAAUCGGAGGGAACUUCCUCGGGAUUGCUGAACUGUUCAGCACAGGUGUUUGGCAUCCUAUUCACCAUCUGCCAGGGGAAAAUCUUUGACAAGUUUAACACGUUGGCGGGAAACAUCUUCCUUUGUGUAUUUCUGCUGGUAGGCUCAAUAAUGACAGGCUUAAUUAAGUCUGAUCUACGGAGACAAAAUGCAAACAGACUGGCCAAAGAAGAGGCGGAGAAGCGGAUGUUGGAACAAGACUACGGAGCAACAGCCCAAAUCUCAUCCCAGCCAAAAACUCCUCCCUCUCAAACCUGAUCAAACAAAAAAAUUCUCUGUUCACAAAGAAUUUCCUCAAAUUUUAGCUCUACACACUGAAUCAGAAAGGAACCUACUGAUUCCACCACGGGAAACUUGGACUUACCCACCAUCAUCAAAGAAGUCCAGUUUUAAAGAAAUGUAAUCUCUCCUGCUUUUAACAUGAAGUACUGAUGAUCAUGAAACCUCCAGAUCCUUUUCCCUUCUGAAUAGACUGCAAGACAAAUCUGUGAAACAAUGCUGCCAUGACAGUUUGAUCUGUCAGUGUUUUUUAUGUUUAUUAAUACUACCUGGCUAAAAGAGAGCAACAAUGUUUGAUAUUUUGUUAUACUGUCUUUAGAUUUGAAUACAUUUCAGAUUAGCUUUCACAUUUAGGUGUUUAAUUAUGUCCAGAGUUGCAUUGUGAAUUUUUAGGGGAUGAUGGAAAUACUGAAAUUAUAACUCUUUUUCUUUUGCUGUGCAAAUCUCGUGAGGUGAGAUAUUUUUACCACCAGAGUUUUUUUUCAGUGAAAAAGCCUGCUGAAUAAUACUAAGAGCAUGUACACACUUUACAAAAACAGUCACAAUCCAGAGGAAUCCAGAGUACCUGGAAAGAACAAACAGAAACACAGGGAGAACAUGCCAACUCCAUGCAGAGACGUCCUGGUCAGAAUUCGAACCAAGGACCUUCCUGCAGCAAAGCUAUAGCGGUAAUAAUUGAACCACCAUGCAGGCUCAACUACUUGUUUUUGUACCCCAAAUUAUGUUCCUGGCUGAGGCGUUUGAGGUUUCUAACAUGUAAUCAUUUUAAGAAUAAAGAGAUUUGUGUGUUAAUCAAAUUAAGGUAUGGGCUAAUCACAAAUUAUAAAAAAAACGAACUCUACUUCUAAAUUAGUAAAAUAAGUUAAGAAGCAUCAAAUAAACCUUCACACUUACCUACAGACAUUUACCCAUGCUUCCUUUGAGCACAACACUUUAGAGUUAUCAUACUUGAUAUUUUUAACACGCACUGAUGUGAUUCAUGUGGAAUAAGAUGUUUUUGGCUAAUAUAAAAGGAAGGAUAUUUUCAAAGAGCAGACAGCUACAAGUGUGUUAAAGGUCACAUUUAAGGCGUUAGCACUCAGUACUAAUGUCACUUUAAAAAUAAAAUGCAUUCUGACCUUUCACUGAUACAACAUUCUGCAAGUUUCCUAUAUGCCUUCUUGUGUUAACUGGUCACUUUGUUUUGAUGGUUUUAAGCAUAAUCAUUGUGGCAGUUUUGCCUGUAGGUGAGUAAAUACACUCUUACUCUGUUCUUCUAGACGUAUUUCUGUAGUUAGACUUAGGAAAUAAAUAUAAAGUAUCACCUAUUUCCUUAAAAACGGUGUUUUAUUUUUGCCAUGUUCUAGUUUUCAGCUGACAUUACAUAACUUAAAUGAAAGUAAACCUUGUUAACUGAAAACAGACACCCAGAUGCUGUAACACAGUCUCUAGAGGGCGCUCUUCAUCUAUUUCUCUUCUUGACCAGUGCCACCAUAACAGUGGAACACUUGAGUUUUGUCAAAUUUUUAACAUGUCAAAAAUGAUCUCUCACCACUAUUCUGUCAUUUCCAGCAGUUGUUGUUGCUUGAUAGAGAUCAGUUAUUGACAUUUUAAAACAUUUUUACCACAACUACAAGAUGUGACUUUUCAAAAUAUUCAAGGCAAGAGAAGCAGCUCAGUAAAACAAGAAUAAAAACAUCUACCCAACUUGAUGUAACUUUUAAUUAUUGCACUACUUUUUUUUUUUUCAACAUAAAUCCAGGUGGUGGCUUUAAUUGAUUAAUUUAUUGUUUUUUAUUGUCAAUUAGCAUCGAUUAUUAUGUCAGUAGAAAAAUUUCCAAUCCAUAGCAGUCCACAGUAAGAAAGGCAGAGAAAAAAUUAAGAAAUUAGAGUAUUAUAAAUGAAUUUGUACAUAUAUUCAUGUUUAACAUGAAAUAAAACAGUUUUCUAUGGAUUAUUCUUAGCAUUACUUUUCACAUUAUGUGUAUCUUACAUUUUAUUAUUUUCUGCAAGGUUAAUUUCAAACCUUAAUUCACCACAGCAAGUAAAAGCCUAACAUUAACAUUUUAUCAUUCUGUUAGCACGAUACAAAUAGCACCAAUCAAAAAGAGAGGCAUGUUUAAAGAGCACAGUGUUAUUAUAUAUGGUCUAACUAUAAAUCAGCUCCAAGUCCACAUGCACACAUAGGAGCUCUGUCCACUAAACAGUGGUUGGAGGUUUUAUUAAAGCUUACUUAAACAAUUGUGUUUUGAGAAUUAUUAACCCCCUAACAUUCGCCACAAAAUGGUUCAAGAACUGCUGGGAGCACAUGCCAAAGCCUGGUUUCUCUGUAAAGAUAACACUCAAUGUUUUAGAAAUAAAUUGUGACAUAUUGAUGUCAAAAAAUGCACUGGCCCUCGCUGGCCUGUCCAGGGCCCCCCAAGCUUUUAGGUAAAAGAGAUGUUGAGUAAACAUUCACUUAAGAAAGGUUAGAGGAAGUGCUUGUAUGAUAAGAGAAGAAUACAUUCAGAUUACAGGAAAGCUGUUAAGCUGCCAUCACAAGCAUUUUAAAGAUACAUGAGCUAUUUAAAAUAUUUGUCAUGAUUUGAGGGUGUUUUGGUUUUUGUUUGGGAUUUAUUUAUUGUUAUAUUCAGUUUGUGUUUUGGAUCCUGUUUUUGUUUAUUAUUUUGCUGGUUUUGCUUUAGUUUUUUAUUAUUGUUUUUUAGGUAAUGUCUUGCAAGUCAUGUUUCUCUAUUCUCUUUGGAUUUCUGUUUUGCUCCAGUUACGUUUUGUUCUCCCUGCCUCUGUCAGCCAUAGCAAUCAGCUUCAUUCGGUCCACCUGCAUCAUGCAAUCAGUCUUUUUUGUUUCACCUAUACCAUGCUUCAUAUACACACCAUCGUUCUGUUUACUUGUCAUGGAAACAUCACUUCUAUUUAUCGUCCAUGCCUGUUAAUGAUUUGUUCCUGCCUCCACCUUGGAGUUAUUUGUUUUGACUUUAAAAUAAACCGUCUUUACUUAUGGUUAA